CUUUGACCCGGCUUUCGUAGCUCCAAAAUUUCCCUGGGAAAGGGACGACUACAUCGAACGGUUUUGUUCGUCAAUGUAGGAGAGAAGAUCGAAGCUCCUAAGCAACAAUCGACGACGACUGGAACGACGACGCGCAAGUCACGAAAAACUACGAGUGUGUGAGGUGGAAGAUUAUUAUAAUACCUGGGACGCAGGCCAUCCGAAGCCGAGGCGAAGCGAACUCGAACGAAGCAGCCCUCUUCACGACCGGAGCAUCACCGCUCGACACUCAAUCCACCUUCCUGACUCUCUCAUACACGUCACACACACACACACACACACACAUUACAAUGUUCGGCGCCUUCCGCAUGACCUCCCCGCUCUCGAGCGGCCUGCUCUGGAAGAUCCCGUGGAGGCUCUCCAAGUUCCAGAAGCGCCGCCACCGCGAGCGCCUCCGCGCCGUCGACGACGUGAUUGCGACGGUGGACGCCGCGCUUGCGAAAAAGGGCGAGACGGUGGCCGCGCUGGAGCGAUGGAAGGCCGAGAUGCCGACCGAGGCGGAGAUGUUGCCGAAAGACAAGUAUACCAUGUUUGAUCGCAAGGAGAAGAAGUACCGCAAGGGCAUUCACAAACUUCCCAAGUGGACGAGAGUUUCGCAGAGAUUGAACCCGCCGGGUUACUAGGUCACCAAGUCUAUGUCAGAUGUAUUCGAACUGGCAAGAUGGGCGGCGAGAAACUUGGGACAGGGGGGAUGGCUACGGCCCUUGUACGAAUAUAUACUCUACGCAACCCGAAGUUGAGGGAGAGGAGGAGAUCCAACGGACCGCUGCCGUUGCAGUGGACAGGAGCAGACGAAACAGCUUCUCUGUAUAUUAUAGCAUCUGCAUUGGGGCUCACGAGAUAAAAACCACACUUUGUACAGCUGUUUAGGAAGUUGAAUGUGAUAUUAACCAAAAGCACAAAUUUCCAGUCACGCAGCCACC